AUGGCCAUCUUCAUCGAGGAAAGAGGUUUGUACCAGGACAAGGUCUUCUGCUUCGUCCACCUGAGCGUCCAGGAGUUUCUGGCAGCUCUUCACGUCCAUCAGACCUUCGUCAACUCUGGAAUCAACUUGCUGGACGAACAGACAAGCUCUUGUGCUCUUGAGACGACGGGAGAUACAGUUGCAGAGUCACACUUCUACCAGACCGCCGUAGACGAAACAAGCUCUUGUGCUCUUGGGACGACGGGAGAUACAGUUGCAGAGUCACACUUCUACCAGACCGCCGUAGACGAGGCCUUGCGGAGUCCCAACGGACAUCUGGACCUGUUACUCCGCUUCCUCCUGGGUCUUUCGAUGCAGAACAACCAGUGUCUCCUUCGAGGUCUGCUGACUCCAAAAGAGAGAUCACAGAUCGGCCAGAAUACGGCGGACUACUUGAAGAGGAAGAUCACAAAGAACCAGUCCGCAGAGAAAAGCAUCAACCUGUUCCACUGCCUGAACGAAGUGAACGAUCGAUCUCUGGUGGAGGAGAUCCAGCGGUACCUGAGGUCGGGAAGUCUCUCCACAGAUGAACUUUCUCCUGCUCAGUGGUCGGCUCUGGUCUUCAUCUUACUAUCGUCAGAGAAAGAUCUGGAGGUGUUUGACCUGAAGGAAUACUUUGCCUCGGAGGAGGCUCUGCUGAAGCUGCUGCCGGUGGUGGAAGCCUCCAGCAAAGUCCUACUGAGCGGCUGCCAUCUCUCUGAGAGAGGCUGCAGAGCUCUGUCCUCCGUCCUCAGCUCCCCGUCCUCCGUCCUGAGAGAACUGGACCUGAGCAACAACGACCUGCAGGAUUCUGGACUGAAGCUGCUGAGUGAAGGACUGAAGAGUCCGGCCUGCACCCUGGAAAACCUGAGGUUAGAAUUCUGUUAA